AUGACUGCAACGAUCCUACAAACAAAGCAAUUGGGGCAGACCCAGGGGCUUGCGAGCGCACAGCUCGUGGAUAGUUGCGAUGGUGCCGUUCUCGAUGCUACAAAGGACGGACGAACAGCUAUCUCACCUUUAUUUGGAUGUAGCUUGGGGCAGGAUCUGGACUGUCUCAAUUUGAAUAUCACUGUCCCCGAAGGCACGACUACAUCUUCAAAUCUCCCAGUUAUUUUCUUCAUUCACGGGGGAGGUCUGCUGCUUGGGGCUAAUUCAUGGUCUCAAUAUGACCAUGCACGUUUUGUCAAGCUGUCUUCUGAAAAUAAUUUGUCCAUUAUCGCGGUCUCCAUCAAGCAAGGAUGCCAAAUGGUGGUAAAGGAAUGGGUGCGAAGGCAUAUCGCAGAUUUCGGUGGAGAUCCAGAUAACGUGACAGCAGCCGGGAUGAGCGCUGGUGCAGCGUCCGUGACAUAUCACUUGAGCUCCCGAAGCACCACUGUUCAAGGGAGCCAUUGCAGAGCGGCAGUUACUUCUUCACUCGGGCUUUGCCGUAUGAGGUACAUGAACAGAAUUAUCAGCAGGCCAUAUCGGUACUGGGAUUGGAAAAUGACACCACGGAAGAGGUUGUUGGAAGCGCCCGGACAAGAGCUAAUUGCCAAAUUACCUCCCUCAGUUCUGGCUGCCCCCACACCAGCGGUGGCACAACGCACCCUGAGCGAAUAUGGUAUCACUAAGGAUGCCUCCCAUGACGAAGCGUUUCGUGCGGUGCUGGAUUACAUCAAUGAUAAUUGUUUUUCUGCAGCGACCUUGACCAUCGCCCGAGGUUGGAGAGGGAAUGCUCACGCUUACUACUUCGAGGGAAAUCCCUGGGAGGCAACCUACAUUCUUGACAUAGCCUAUCUAUUGCAAAUCUUUCGAAGUUCUGUCACGGUAUCAGCCCCGUGGCCAGCGAUCAUAGACCAUAAUAUCGCUACUACCUUCACAGCCAGGGUGUAUGGACGUAGCUUUAGAGGUCUCGGCGUUAGGAAAGUGAGCCACCCGUACAAUGGCGAGAGUCACCGAAGAAGCAUUUUAUUUGACUACAGCAAUGUAGUCACACUGGACAACCUGGCCAAAGUAUUUGAUGUUUUUAAGACCCUGUGA